AGGGUUUAAGUUAUCCGAGAAGGUGAGGAAAAAGUCUAAGUUAACUUGUAAAGCGCUGUAAGUGGUUUUGGAUAAAAGUGUUUUCCAAAUGCAAUGUUAUUAACUGAGCAGAAGAGGUGGGGGUUAAGUUAACUGAGCAGGUAAGCAGAGGUUAAGGCAGGCGCUUACUACCUCAUCUUACCUGCUCUCAUAAAACAUGAAGGAUCGCAUACAAGAACUCAGACAGGGAAAAGCCCCAGGGGAGGAGGUUGAGGAGGCUGUUUAUACUGAAACAGGCUUCAUGGAGGACUUCUUUGAGCAGGUGAAAGAGAUUCAAGGAUCCAUCAACUCGUUGGCUGAGAAAGUUGAAGAAGUAAAGAGAAAUCACAGCACAAUUCUGGCAUCUUCAAACCCAGAAACACAAGCUGAAUUGGAGGAGCUUAUGACAGAUAUCAAGAAGCUGGCUUAUGAAGUACACUCCAAAUUAAACAAUAUCAAGCAGACCGUAGAGCAUGAGGAGACAGUGAAUCUGAGAAUACGCAAAAACCAGCACUCCAUCCUGUCAUGUAAAUUUGUUGAAGUGAUGUCAGAUUAUAAUGCAAUACAAUCAGACUACAGGGAGCGCUGUAAAGGUCACAUCCAGAGACAGUUGGAGAUAACAGGAAUAAAUACAACAGAUGUUGAUUUGGAGAGCAUGUUGGAAUCUGGCAGUCCAUCUGUCUUUACAUCAGGGAUAGUCACAGAGUCCAGCAUCACCGAACAGGCCGUGAAGGAGAUUGAGCUGCGACAUAGUGAAAUCAUCAGUCUGGAGAAGAGUCUCCAUGAGCUGCAUGAGAUGUUUAUGCAGAUGGCAAUGCUGAUAGAAAGCCAGGGCAAGUUGAUGAAUAAUAUAGAGAUAAGUGUGAGCUGUGCACAGGAUUAUGUGGAGAAGGCCAAAGAAACAACCAAAGCAGCUAUUAAAGUUCAGAAAACAAACAGGACGAAGUUGAUCCUGAUAGGGGGUUGUGUGGCUCUUUGUCUACUCAUUGUCAUCAUUGCACUAGCCGUUGGAUUGAGCUAAGAUACUGCCCUUCUUGAGCCAUUUCAACCUACUGUGAUCCACAGAAGAUGCCAAGAGGAACCAUUUAGAUUCUUUCACA